AUCCUGGAUCAUCUGAUCUUGAAAAAAAAUUUUGGUUAGACUUGCUCACAAUCACCAAACUUACUUUAUACCAUCAUUGUACUCAAUCUUGUAAAAAGUACAAUAGAGGUUUACAAAAGCAUUGUAGGUUUGACUUUUUGAGAGAACUUGUUGAUCCUCCUGGCCAACCUUCUGAUAAACCUUCGUUCGAUCUCGUAAAUAGAUCCUAUAUGAUUGUAACAAAGUGCCUUAACAAAAUAUUAGGUCAAACUGAACUUACAAGCCCACAAGUUUCAGCAUAUUUAUUGGGCAUUCCUGAUCAUUAUACCCCAAAUAAUUUCAUCACAAUUCAUCUUAAAACGUUUGAAAUUUAUCUUACAAAAGAUGAACAAAGCAUGUUUAACAGAACAGAUGAAUCAUUUUUUAUAUCAUCGUUCAACAGAAAAUUAACCACCGUGAAUCUUCAUGUUGAUUAUCAGUUCAGAGAAACUGUUAUAGACUUGCGAGAGCAUUAUAGUACAUGGAAUGACUCUUAUCAAUCCUUUUUUAAUGGUUCUUCUUUGUCACCACAUCUGAAAUCUAUAAUUUCUAAUAUAGAAUUAUUGCAUCGAUGUUCGGAAGAAACCACUCUUGACCAAGAAUUACAUCGAAAUGCGAUAAGUGAUUCUUUUUUGCAAAAGCUUGCCACAUUGAUCGUUCUGUUCACAGACUCUCUUAAUUUUGAUUCCGCAAAAGUUAUUAGAUCUGGUCUAAAAGAUGUAAGAAUGGUAGAUGAGGCUAUGAGCUUUUUACGGCUUAGAGGAAAAUUUAAUAUAAGAAAUUCUACAUCAUAUAUUACAAAGAUUCAUGAUAAUAUUAACUUACAAGACAAAAUUUCUGAUGAUAGCAAUGCAAAAAACAAUGCUCUCUUAAAUGCUUAUAUCAAUUUUCAAAAUAGUGGUUGUUAUGACAUUCCCUUAAAUAUAUCUAUAAAUGAGUGUAAAUCUAAAGUCAUCGAUGCCAUCUCAUCUUACUUUGAACACUGUUCUCAGCAAAAUAGUCUUCUUGUUCUAGCUCCAACAGGAUGUGCUGCUGCAAAAAUUAGAGGAAAUACUCUUUAUUCUGCAUGUGGAUUUGCUUCUCACUUGACUUUAUGCUUUUAUGAAAAAGUAAAGGCAACAGAUAAUAACACCCCUUUUGCUGGAAUUAACAUCUUGUUUGCUGGUGAUUUUAUGCAAUUACCUCCAGUUUUAGAUUCUGCCUUAUAUAUGCUAGACAAAUUCACUCACAUAUCUGCUCAGUUUAAACCACAAUCUGUUUCCGAAAGCCAAACUUCUUCGAAACAAAAAUCUUUAUCAGUUAAUAACCACUCUGUCAUUAACAUCACAGUGAGAAAUCUUUGGCUAAAUGUUAAACAUGUUAUAAUUCUAAAAAAACAAAUGCGUCAAUUAAAUGAUUCUAAUUAUGCUUGCAUUCUUAAAAAUAUUCAUGAAGAAAAUCUUACAAAAGAUCAAAAAUCUGCUUUGAGCUCAAGAGUUCUUGAAGAUAACUGA